AUGGACCGAGCAUGGAAUUACAUAAACCUGGACGAGGAACAACGACGAAAAGCCGCACAAACCACAACACAGUUCCAAACACCAAGGCCUAUUUUCAAUCAGCCAGCAAGGCAAGAGCGGUUCAGACCACGAAACCAACAACAAGCUAGCCCACAACGAACAGAGCCACAUCGACCAGUAAAAGUGGAAGACCAAGCCUUCAUCCCACUUAACACACUGAGAUCACACAUCCUAAUGUGGAUACAGAACAACAAUGAACCAGUAAGGUACCCACCCAAGCUUCAGCAUGAGGGAGACAGGAAGAAAUAUUGCCAAUUUCACGAUGGCCAUGGCCAUGUCACAGAUGAAUGUGGAAGCCUAAAGAAAGAAAUUGAUCGACUGGUGCAAGUCGGUCGUUUAAAAGAUUUUGUCGCACAAAACAAGAAUUAUAGCUCAGGAGGAAAUUACCGGGGCGAGCAUAGUGGAAAAAGAGAGGAAGCACCACCCGCCAAGAGACAAAAUGUAUCGGGUGUAAUAAACACCAUAGCAGGUGGUAUGGCCGACCCCGAAUACAGACGAGGAAGACGCAAAAGGCAGAAAAUAGUGAUGAACAUAUCAGCAGCUAAACCCCUACCCGAAGUUCGUUUCAACAGAACUGACGGCGAAGGAAUAGAUUUUCCACACCAAGACCCUUUGGUAAUCUCAGGUCUAAUCGAAAACUUCUGGGUAAUGAGGCAACUGAUCGACGAAGGGAGCUCGGUUAACCUCAUCACAAAACAGGCAUACCUCGGAAUAGGAUGCUCUAUCCUAAAUCUCAAACCGGUCAAAACCCCGCUAGUCGGACUAGGAGGAACACCGGUACAAGCAGAAGGGGUGGCGGAACUGACGGUAGAAGUGGGAAAAGAAAAUGGCUCACCAGGAGGAGGCCUAGUCGGUACCACCAAGAAAUUCAAAACACUAUUCAUGGUCGUCGACAUGCCACUUGCUUACAACGUCAUACUCGGCAGACCAAUGUUAUACAACACCGGGGCAGUCACAUGCAUCAAAUAUUUGUGUAUGAAAAUACCGACCGAAGCAGGAGUGGUGGUAGUAAAAGGAAGGCAAGACAUAGCCAAGCAAUGCUACUUGGUAUCAAUGAAAGGAGUAUCAGAAACCUUGGCCAUAGAAACAAUGGAGAUACCAGACUCGGACGAAGGCAAGCUCGAACCGCAUGGAAAGUUAGAAAAAGUAAAUCUGGCAGGAAUAACGCCAAGAUCGGUCCAAAUAGGGGCAGCACUGCCCAAACUGAUAAAACGAGAGAUAACCGACAUGCUGAUCAGAAACGAAGUCGAAUUCGUCAACACCCCGGGCGAGAUAGAAGGAGUUGAUCCGGCAAUAAUAUCACAUAAGCUAAAUGUUGACCCAAAACACAAGCCAAUCAAACAAAAGAAAAGAGCCUUUGCAGUAGACAGACAAAUCGCUAUCAAAGCCGAAGUAGACAAAUUGUUCGCAGCAGGGUUUAUCAGAAGAGUGUACUACCCGGAGUGGCUAUCAAACGUAGUGCUCAUAAAAAAGCCGAAUGGAAAAUGGAGAUUAUGCAUAAAUUUCACAGAUCUAAAUCGAGCAUGUCCAAAGGAUAGCUACCCCCUGCCAAAUAUUGACCAGCUGGUCGACUCAACCAGUGGCUACGAAGUCUACUCGUUCAUCGACGCAGCCCAGGGAUAUCACCAGAUUCCAAUGCACAAAGAAGAUGAAGAAAAAACAAGCUUUGUAACCGACAGCGGCACAUAUUGCUACAAACAAAUGCCAUUCGGAUUAAAAAAUGCGGGAGCAACCUACCAGCGACUAAUGAACUUCGUGUUCAAAGACCAGAUCGGUCGAAACAUGGAAGUUUAUGUCGACGACAUCAUUGUCAAUUCCAAAAAAGUAGAAGACCACGCAAAUGACCUGGAAGAAGUCUUCACUAAGCUAAAAAAAUACAAACUCAAGCUCAAUCCAGAUAAAUGCGCAUUCGGAGUCCCAGCGGGAAAAUUCCUCGGAUAUCUCAUCUCCCAAAAAUGCAUCAAAGUAAACCCGGAAAAAACAAAGGCAAUCUUGGACAUGAAGGCACCAAAGUCGACCAAAGAGGUUCAGAAGCUCAACGGUAGAAUCACGGCCCUCGGUCGAUUCGUGUCCAACUCGGCCAAGAGAUGUCUUCCAUUCUUUAAAACAUUAAGAAACGUGCAAAAAUUCGAAUGGAAUGAAGAAUGUCAACAGUUUUUCGAAGAACUCAAGAAGUUCCUAAGUUCGCCGCCACUUCUCGGACGACCCGAAGCAGGAGAGACACUAUAUCUAUACCUGAGCGUCACAAACGAAACAGUGGCGUCGGUACUGGUCAAGGAAGAGAAAACCGAGCAGGAAUCGGUGUACUACACAAGCAAAGUGCUAAAGGGGCCCGAGCUCAGAUAUAGCAAAAUCGAAAAAUUUGCAUUGGCUUUAGUCCUGACAGUUGAAAAACUAAAAAGAUACUUCCAGGCUCACACGGUAAUAGUCCGAACAAACCAACUCUUGAGGAAAGCACUCGCAAGACCAGAAACGUCAGGACGGUUAAUCAACUGGUCGGUCAUGAUAGGAUCAUACGACAUCAAAUACGAACCACGAACAGCAAUGAAAGCUCAAAUAAUGGCCGACUUUGUAGCAGAAACCACAACACACGACCAACCCACCGAGGUGGACAAGGGUUUGGUCAGCUGGACAUUGCAAGUAGAUGGGGCAUCAAACACAGCCGGAGCAGGAGCAGGCAUGAUUCUAAGAGGACCACACAAGAUAAAAAUGCAAAAUUCAAUCCAUCUCAAUUUCCCGACCACCAAUAAUGCAGCAGAGUACGAAGCUUUGAUAUGCGGAUUAAGAAUGGCAAUGGUAGUGAAAACCGAGUACAUCAAGAUUCAGAGCGACUCUAAAUUGGUUGUCAACCAAGUACUUGAUCUGUACGAAGUAAAGGAUCCAGAAAUGAAAAAGUAUGUGGACCGGGUUAAAGAGCUACUCGCAAACAUCACCGAAGAAGGUGGAAAAUGGGAACUAGAACAAAUACCCAGAGAGGAAAACACAGAAGCAGACACACUGGCAAAAGCCGGAGCAGCCAAAGAUACAAUACCAGGCGUGCCGUGCUCGAUACAAAAUUUCACCAGUGUCCAGAAUCCUGAAGCAACAUUCCUCAUUAACCCAAUGGAUCAGUGGAUGGAGCACAUCAUAUCAUACAUCGAAAACGGGAUCCUACCCGAAGAUAACAAAGAAGCAAGAAAGGUCAAAAGACGAGCACCACAUUUCUCAUACCGAGACGGAACGCUCUACAGAAAAUCAUUUUCACACCCCUGGUCCAGAUGUCUCACAAUGGAAGAAGGAAAAUAUGUCCUAGCCGAGAUACACGAAGGGCUAUGUGGAAGCCACAUUUCACACCUGGCACUCUGUCGAAAGGUCGUCUUGCAAGGAUAUUAUUGGCCGACACUGGCACAAGAUGCAGAAAAUCUGGUACGUAAGUGUGAAAAGUGCCAAUACCACCAAAACGUGCACCAUCAACCAACAACCGAGCAAAGUCCAAUAAUAAGCCCUUGGCCAUUCAGCAUAUGGGGAAUAGACAUAGUCGGCCCUUUCCCAACAGCAAGCGGGCAGAGAAAAUUCCUAAUAGUAGCAGUAGACCAUUUCUCAAAAUGGGUAGAAGCCGAAGCUGUUUCUACCAUAACAGAAGCACGAGUACGAAGUUUUGUCCGAAGAGAAAUCAUCUGUCGCUUCGGGAUCCCAAAGAUCAUCAUAACUGACAACGGAAAGCAAUUCGACAACAAAAACUUCAGAGAAUUCUGCGCAGAAAAAAACAUCGAUCUAAGGUUCACAUCAGUUACUCACCCACAAAGCAACGGGAUGACCGAAGUAACCAAUCGAACCAUUGUCAACGGUUUAAAAAGGCGUCUAGACGACGCAAAAGGUCGAUGGGCCGACAAGCUGCACAGUGUCUUAUGGUCGUACCGAACCACACCAAAAGCGGGCACAGGAAGAACCCCAUAUAGUCUAACUUAUGGGUGUGAGGCAAUGGUACCGGUAGAGAUAGGCAUGCCAACCAUCAGAGUCCAAUAUUUCGACGAGCAACAAAACGAAGAAAGUAUCAGGCUCUGCCUCGACCUGCUUGAGGAACGAAGAGAGCAAGCCUUGCUACACAUAGAAACAUACAAACAAAGAAUGGCAACGUAUCACAACAAAAGGGUCAAACCCCUAACAUUUGAAAUUGGAGAUCUCGUACUAAGACGAGCCGAUAUAACAAAAGGCAACGCGGGAGUAUCUAAACUCGGAGCUAACUGGGAAGGACCCUACCAAGUAAAAAAAGUAGGGAAAGGAGGAGCCUAUUACCUAACCUAUAUGUCAGGGCGAGACCUGCCAAGAACCUGGAAUGCCAGAGUUCUUAAACGAUUUUACCAGUAG